AUGAAGUCGGAGCCCAACGACAGCGAGGUCAUCCCCCCAGACACGAAACUCUUCUGCGCCAAGUGUCGUAAAUUCAUCCAGGAUCCGGACAUGUUCGAAAGGCAUCAGUUGAACUGCGGGAAACGCACGAAGAGGUUCUUCACCUGCAGCAGGUGUCAGAUGGUUUACAGCUCGAAGCUCAAUCUGAACAAGCACAUGGUUAACUGCACCGCGAAUUAUGAUGCAGCUACCGUGAGCAGAGUGCACUUCUGCAAGGAGUGUCGUAGGCGGUACAACACCAGACACGACCUGGAGGUGCAUCUGAGAUCUGAAUGCGCCAAGAACUCUAUCUCCAAGUUCUAUUGCGAUCACUACGACUCGUUGCGAUACCAUUGCUUGUACUGUCCGAAAAAUUACAAGCACAAGGGUGACCUGAACAGACACAUGAAGUACGAGUGCAGCACGACCGGAUUCUUUCAGUGCAGAAUCUGCGGGAAGAGGUUCUCUAGGAAGUCCGUGUUGAAGACGCACACCUUCACCCAACACAAGAGCUACCUAAACUGA